UUAAAAAAUAUGACAGUUGUAAAAUUAAAUUUUUUGGCGGACGACUUGCAUCGACAAACGCAAAUAUCGUAAAAGAGUUGCAAAAUUAUUCCAAACAAUAAUAAAAAGCAUUUUCUUUAAACAACAAUUAACACUUAUCAAUAAAUAAAUAUAAAUGAGUUUGGACGAUUCAAUAAAUGCAUAUUUUGUUAUCACAAAUAAUGCCUCUGAGGAAGACAAAGCCUACAAAGAUUUUAAGCGAGCCCUCACAUAUCUACAAAAUCAUAUUCCCGAAGAGAAUAUACGACAAAUAAAGGCCAGUGAAGGAUUUCCCUUGAUAGCCUCUGGUAGGCUAUCGAAAAAAGAUGUUUUCAUAUUUGAUCGUUUCGAAGGUGAUUUCUUUCAACAACUACAGCAGACAAAAUCAAUUAUAAUAGGGCCACCAUGUCUGAUCAAUUGUCUACUAAAGAAUCAAGAGAUACCUUUGGGUACCAGUCCCGUGUAUACGGCAGCUAUGCGAGAUUUACAAAUAUCGGCGACCGGCAUUACACCACAAGAGAAGGAAAAGUUGAAGGGUUUGAUUCAAUGGAUGGGUGGUCACUAUUUUCAGAAUUUCAGUCGUUCCAUUACACAUUUAAUAUCGAAUACCAUUAAAUCGGCUAAAUAUGAGCAUGCCACACUGAAUGGUAUACCAGUGAUGCAUACAGAUUGGGUUCAGCGCGUUUGGGAGCGGAGUUGUGCGGCAGAGGAUAUUUCGGCCACAGAUGAGGAAUUUGAUAAAUAUAAAUUACCUAUAUUUUUUGGUACGAAUAUUACGUGUACUGGAUUAGAGAAUGAUAAAAAGAAUGAAGUCAUGCGCCUGGUCAACGAAAAUGGUGGCACCUACCAUCGUGCUUUUCGUUCACAAUUAGUUGAUAUUGUUAUAACCGAAAAGGAUAAAACUAAUUCAGAAAAAUAUGCAGCUGCAGUGCGUUAUAAAAAAGACAUACUCUUACCCGAAUGGAUAUUUGAUAGUGUACAAAAGGGAUUUGCUUUGCCCACGAAACCCUAUCAAGUAAAAUCAUUAAAAGUUUCCACGCCCACCAAAACCGAUCAGAGUAUAGCAGAUUUUACGGCAGCCGAUAAUACACAUCUAUCGGAUAUAUCACGUAUAAGUACGCUGGGUUCGAAGCGUUUUAAUCAUGAUGCAAGCACUGUUAAUGAUACCAUUUGUUCGGCUAUGAAUGACACACAAAGUGGUCCAACAUUUGUUGCACCAGCAGCGCCCGUAUCCAAAGAUUUGAAAAAGGAUCUUUUGAAAAAGGCCGGUUCUGGUACACAUUACAAAUUGGUUUAUGAGGAAAUAUGCCCUAAGAAAGCUAAAAAGGCUGGAAGCUUUUUAGAUGGUUGUUGUAUUUACUUGAGUGGUUUUCGUUCGGAAGAGAGGGAGAAAUUAAAUCGUAUUUUGAAUGUAGGCGGGGCCACACGUUAUGAUGUGGUCAAUGAGAAGAUAACUCAUAUAAUAGUGGGUCAAUUAGAUGACAAUGAAUUUAAAUCCUGGAAAAAAGAUAAUUUACUAACAGCGGUAAAUAUUGUACGUUUGGAUUGGCUGCAAGAGAGUAUUAAACUCAAGCAACCUGCCAGUGAAGCCAUAUAUCGAGUUUCUCUACCAACUUCUAGAGAACCAGACGCUCCUUCUCCCUCAUCGAAAAAAACUUUGCGUUCAAUGAAUCAUAGUUUCAAACAACCAGAAAAACCCAUUAAAAAGAAAUUAUUCUCUAAAGAUUCUGAAAAAGAUGAUGACCAGGCUUCGCAAACAAAUUCCACUAUGCAACCACCUAUUGCCUCAUCAACGGAACAUCCUGUGGAAGCAGAUGAACAAGAUUUAAUUGCUCAAUAUUCCCAGGAAAAUGUACCGCAGGCUGCCAUACCUCUACCACAAACUUCAAUGCAUAAUGAUGAAUCUUUGGCCUAUCCCAUGGCUUGCUCCACCCAACUCACUGCCAAUGAACCAGCAGUGCCUCAGCCUCAAGCUGCCCCUGUACAGGCUAAUCCUUCAGAUUUAACCGAUGGUACUGGUAUUACUAUCGACUAUGAGAACUUAGAUUUUUUCCAAGGUUCAUCUUUGUACAUUGAUAAAGAUCAUUUCCCUGAAGAAUUCUAUACACAAAUGAUAAGUGAGUGUGAAGCAGCUCAAGGUAAUGUGGUGCCCUCCACAUUUCGAGAUCCAGUUGAUUAUGCAAUCGUAUCCUUUGAGAACACUUUCGAUCCAAGUCAAUUGCCUGUUAAAGCCAGACAUAUUGUAACUGAAUUAUAUGUGGAAAGUUGUAUGAAAGCCAACAAAUUAGUUCCCAUUGAAUAUUUCCACAAACAUAUACCACACACGGCCGAUUCUCGACCUCUGGAAGGCAUGACAAUUGUCAUUUCUAUUUACUCUCUCUUAGAAAGAGAUUUUAUAGAUUCUAUUGCUCAAUUAUUGGGAGCAAAUGUGAAUAAAACAUUUGUAAAGAAAGAAAAGCCUCUGUUAAUAUGUCCCUCGGCUGAAGGAUCAAAAUAUGAGGGUGCCAUAAAAUGGCGUUACCCGGUUGUAACGUCUGAAUGGUUGCUGCAGUGUGCUAAAGAAGGAAAGAAAGUUCCUUAUAAUUUAUAUUUAGUAGGCGAUAGUCCAGAUGAUUUUCCCAUAUCACCCACCUUAAGAGAGCGCAAUACUAGUAAGACUGAAACUAAAGUAACUCCUACUACUCCUAUAACACCCAUUAAUAUGGAUGUUGAUGGUGUUGAAAACAAUGUGGAAAGUGUUGAAAAUUUAAGGCAAAAUAGUGCAAGUACAAAUACUGCAGAAACGUUUACGCCCUUAAGGAAUAAAAGAGUUUCAGAACUGGCGGGACCUGGCCGUAACACUAGGCAAUCUUUAUCGAAUACCAAUAACAUGGGUCCAGAAUCUCCACACACACCUACUAAUACUUAUCCACAAGCUUCUUAUAAUUUUGAUUUUAUGGAAAUGAUUUUGGGAGAAAUAGACAAUGAAGAAGAACGUGAGUGUUUAAGAGAAGUUAUUAAUGAAAUGAAAAAUAAUCAAACGCCUGAACUGGAGCGCAUACGUAGACAGGCCUGUACUCCAAUUAAUCGCAAGUUACCAACACCUAAAGGUAUACCAGAUUUUUGUACUACACCCGAGUUUGAAAAACGUAUGGCUGAUGAGUUUGAAAGACGCUGGCGUUUACCCACUAAGAAAAUGAAACCCGAUACUCCAAUAGAUGAAAUACGUAGACGUGUAAUGCGGGCAACUUGCAAAGCUAUGGGUAUACCAUACAGUGAUGAGGAUGAUGAACAACCUGGAACAUCUUCAGGAAAAAAAUCUUCUAGAAAAGUUAUAGAUUCAAAUACCACCACCCCGUUAAAUAAUAAAGUUACUCGCAGUUCAACUAUAGCUCCUAGGUCUAUAUUUGCUCAUAAUACACCCAAUAAUAAUACUUCUAUCAAUAACACCAAGGCCGACGAUAACGAAACAUUCAAUUUACCAACUAAUGAAACCAGGAAAUCAGACACAUUUGUACCCAGCACACAAAGUCCCAACACUUCAUUAACCAGACGUAGUAUGUCAAAUACAACUGCGUCGCCUAGUGGUUUAGGGCAGAGAGCUUCAUUGGUUGGUAAAUCAACUAUUAAUUUUGAUAAAAUCAGUUUUGAAGAGACAAAUGUAGCAGAAAAUGCCACGACCACAAAGGCAAGACCAUCUGUUAAUGCCACUGCCUCACCGGAAAUUAAACAAAUUACCGAUUAUCUACGCAAUUGUGACUCUAGGCGUCAGAGUUUAAAACGUACCCGUCAAAAUAUCGAUCGUCCACAAUCUCCUGUAGAAUCUAUGGAAACAGAGGCUCAUUAUGUGCAACCAUUUGAAUCAGAACAAUUACAUACCCAAGAUUUGGUGGGAUGGCGUGAUCCGGCGGAAUUCGGAGCCCAAAGACGUUCGAAAAUGGCGGAAAAAUCUAUGCAAUACCAAGGAACACCUCGUUUUAGUAUUUCCUGUUCGGAUGAGGAAACCAGAGAUGAUGUUAUUGGUAAAAUAUUACAAUUGGGAGGAGAGGUCUGCGAGAAUUUGGUGAAUUUUGAUCCAGAAUGUACACAUUUUGUUUGUGAAAAGCCCAAUCGUGGCGAAAAAAUGUUAGGUUGUAUUUCGUCCGGCAAAUGGGUUUUGAGUAUCAAGUACAUUGAAGAAUGUUUUGCCAAAGAUGUUUUCAUCGAUGAGGAGCUCUAUGAAUGGGGCAAUUGUAAAGCUCUUAAUCUGCCACAGUUAUCCCCCGAUGAACAGGUUAUUGCCUCAGCAGCACAUCGUUGGCGCAAACAAUUAGCCACCGAUGUCCAUGGUAAUCGUAAUGGUGCUUUCACUGGCAUUAAAGCCAUUUUACGCAUCUCAGGCCGUAACAUAGAUGCCCUCAAGAAUGUCAUUAAGGCGGGUAAAGGUGAAAUUAUUGAAGCAUCAUCUCCUUACUCCAGCUGUUCGCAGUCAUCUCAAGCUUCGCAUUGUUUUGUUGAUGUUAAAAAGUGUCCCUUAAAUCAGGAAGACUAUCGUUUUCUGAAAAAUCAUGACAUCUUCGUUUUAUCUCAAAUGUACAUUAAUGCCUUCUUGAUGAAUGGCGCUGAUGUGGACAUGUCUAAAUAUGAGAUAAAUAUGUAGAUAUUUUAGAAUAUCAUAUGAAAUCAUCAUGUAACGUUACAUACAUACUUACUAAUUGUUGUAAUAUUUAGAUUUAUUUUGUCAUUUCUUUUAAAUUCUUUUAUAUCAUAUAUAUUGUCAUAAAGAUAUCACACUAUUUGUAUCAUCUAUGGUUAGUAUUUAAUGUUAAUAAUAAAUAUGUUCUUGUUUUUCGGCAAACACGU